AUGUCAGCACCCGGCGAACGUGAAUUGGGCGGAAACAGAGUUCCGCCUAGCGAUUCUUACGUAAGUAAUUACAGACGAUUUAAUUAAUCAAAUUAAGAUCUGUAAAAUCCAGAAGAAUCGUAAUAGAACAAAGCAUAUUUUGGUAAAUUAAAAUCACAAAAACUAUCACUAAAUGAAGCGUAAAGUAAGUUGAAAGCAGGAAAACAGAGUUCUGGCGUUGCGACGGCGAUGAGUCGGCAAUGCACCGGAAUCCUGAGUAUUCGGGAGGAUCGUUGUGCAGUGUCCACGGCCUCGAAGGCUCUCCUUGGACAAAGACAACGUGGGCAAUCUCUAGAUCUUCUCGCGAAGUCUAGAGAUCAAUGAAAUGGGUCGUCGAGUCGUCUCCGGCGGCUGUCACCUGGCAGAGCAGAAAAACGGCGACUUUGCGGCUCUCCGCCGGCUCUCACCCGACGGAGAGGAGCUAGAUGGAGGUGGGGCGCGUGUCAAGGAGCUUCAUCCUCAGGUCCGCGCAGCAAGAGGAGGCUCGUCAUUGCAUCUGGUACGCUCUCAGGAGGUGGUGACUCGUCUCCCGGCGGAUCGUCCUCUUCUCGAUGACGACUUGUUCGUCGAUCAAUCGGAGAUGAUUUACUCGAUGGAUUCAUGAUCCUUUUAUUGCGAAUCGUUCAACAAUUUUAGUAGCAAUGCUCCGCGAAUCGUGUUGACGAGAUUUUCGUCGAUGAUCCAGCGAUUCUCGUUGCUUAAUCCUUCACCGGCGAUCUGCAGGAAAGUCGCAAUAAUCAGAUAAAAAUAUAUGACUUUUGACUCUAGGAGGAUUCGAACCCGCGCCAGUUGUCUGCCCCUUCUGAGGAAGGUGUGACGCCGGUUUAAUCCCACAUCGGUUGUGCGCCAAUUUUUCGAGCGAAUAUAUAGUAAUGUUUACAUCUCUAAGCAAAGUUCCUUCUCUCACGUGUACGACCACUCCAUGCCCCACAGCCGGCUGGCCACCAGUGACCUGGAAGGGGAGUGGCGCACACGUGCCCCUAUCGGUCUAAGCCGCUCGAGCCCCUGCUCGCGGCUACUCCCCGACUGAGCUUCCAACCCGCUAGCAGGCCCGACUGGCCGGCUGGUCCCCCUCAUUUUGUCUUAUUUUUAUUUCUUUUUCUUCAUUUAUUUCAAAAGCAAGACUGUAAAAAUCAUAUAAAUUCAUGUAAAAUUACAUAAUUACCUAAAAAUUAGAAUUAAUAACUGAAAACCACUUUUCACACUUUAACACAAAUAUAAGUCUAUUUAUCAUGAGUUAAGGCUAAAACUAUAUUAUUUACUAAUUAUUAACUCAUGAUAAUGAAGACUUAUCAACGAUCCUCCCGAACACUCAGGAUUCCGGUGCAUCACUGCCGUGACGCCGGAACUCUAUUUUCCUGCUUUCAACUUAAUUUUUGUUACAUUUAAUGAUAAUUUGUUGAUUUUAAAUUUACCAAUAUAUACUUCAUUUCAUUAUGAUUCUUCCGGCUUUUACAGAUCUUAAUUUGAUCAAUUAAAUCGUAUGUAAUCGCUUAUGUAAGAAUCGUCAAGCGGAACUCUAUUUCUGCCCGAUUCGCGUUCGCCGGGCACUAACGUCAUCCUGAUGUCUGCACCCUUAUUUUCUUUUUUCGUAAAUUUUAAAUAUAUUUCCUUUUCAUUUCCUAGUAUAAAAUUUAUAGAAAAUAAUAUUCUUUGAGAAAAAUUAUGAGUAAUUACUAGAUAUUAUAUUACAUUCAUGUGAUCGACCUGGAAAAUUACCGCUAUUUUUGGAAGUUUUAUUGAAUUAUAAUUGAUAUAUUUGUUCAGAAAUACUUCUAAAUAUCUGAAAAAUCGUAUUUUCUAGUUUUAUAAAUUUUAAAUUUACUUGAUUUAAUAUACAACGACUGAGUCACGUUUGCUAUCAAGCGAUAAGAUCUAGGCCACCCAUUAUAAGACACUUUAAUAUGAGAUUAAGAGAAGGAUUAGAGUGCUGCCUUCAUGAAAUGAUUUGAGCCAUCCACCAAGAGAGUUGGUUAUCAAUCAUAACCAUCUAUUAGAGGGGCCUAACUCUUGAGAAGAUUAAGUCAUCACAUCCGCCUUUUGGAAGGUGUUUUUUGGCUCUCUCUCUAGUAGUGACUAACCAAAGAAAACAAGAGGAAAAUCAAGUUUUGGCCAAUGACAUUCUCGUGCCCAAGAUCAUCGUGGAGAAAAGAUUACCUAGAGCACAUCAAGAUCACCAUGGAUCAAACAUCACUCAGCCUAGGACUGAUGCACAACGAGAUUUGUGCAAGAUCUAGAUUUUGGAUGUCCUUGUAAUCCUUUCUAUAGAUGGAUUAACUUUUAAUUCGAAUUAGUUUAUUAUUUAUUUUAUUAUUCUAUUGUGUUAGAUUUAUUCUCUCUCCUUUGCCACGUUUUUAGAUUUAAUUUUGUCAUUCACAAUCCCAAGUAUAUCUAUAUAUAAAUAAGAAAUAACAUAAGUAGAAUUCUUACUCUCUCAUUAUCCAUGUUCCCUAAAGAUCGACCUUUAGUUAUCUUAAAUAGAAGAGUGAGGUUUUUUAAAUAUUAUUUGAAUAAACUUAGUUGCAUCACGACGACGUAUUUAACCUCUAAUUCAAGUUCAUCAGUGCUGGUAGCAACCUUGUUGAAACCUUUUCAUGAUAUUUAUUUUAACAGCCACAAUAACAUAUCUUGAGAAGUAAAUUUCCUCAAAAUCAGAUUGGAGACAUUUCACACAAUAAUCUAAAUUUCAGAGAUUUACUAUAAACAUGUGAAAUUGAUUUAUAAUCAAUAUUCUGCUCAUAACUCACGUCCUUUGACGUGACUUAGUCGUUGUAUAGUAAAUCAUGUAAAUUUAAAUUUAUAAAACUUGAAAAUAUGAAUUUUAAAAUAUUUAGAAGUAUUUCUGAAUAAAUAUAUCAAUUAUAAUUAAAUAAAACUUCUAAUUAGUGAUAUUUUCCAAGUCGAUCAUAAAGAUGUAAUAUAAUAUCAGGUAAUUAUUCAUAAUUUUUCUCAAAGAAUACUAUUUUCUAUGAAUUGUAUAUUAAGAAAUGAAAAUUAAAUAUAUUUAAAAUUCAUGAAAAAGGGAAUUAGGCAGAAACAGAGUUCUGUCCAGUGAUUCUUACAUAAGCGAUUACAGACGAUUUAAUUGAUCAAAUUAAGAUCUGUAAAUGCCAGAAGAAUCAUAAUUGAAUGAAGUAUAUCUUGGUAAAUUUAAAUAACACAAAUUAUAACUAAAUGAAGCAAAAAUUAAGUUGAAAGCUAGAAAAUAGAGUUCCGACAUUGCGGUGGCGAUGUGUCGGCGAUGCACCGAAAUCCUAAGCAUUCAGGAGGAUUGUCGUGCAAUGUCCAUGGCCUCGAAGGCUCUCCUUGGACAAGGAUGAUGUGGGCAAUCUCUAGAUCUCCUUGCAAAGUCUAGAGAUCAAUGAAAUGGGUCGUUGAAUCAUCUUCGGUGGCUGUCACCUGACGGAGCAGAAAAAUAGCGACUUUGCAGCUCUUCAGCGCCUGUCACCUGACGAAGAGGAGUUGGAUGGAGGUGGGGCACGUGUCAAGGAGCUUCAUUCUCAAGUCUGCGUAGAAAGAGGAGGCUCUUCAUCGCAUCCAGUACACUCUCAAAAGGUGGUGACUCAUCUCCCGGCGAAUCAUUAUCUUCCUUACGAUGGCUUAUUCGUCAAUCAAUCGGAGAUGUUUUACUCAACAAUUUUAGUAACAAUGCUCCGUGAAUUGCGUUGACGAGAUUUUCACUGAUGAUCCAACAAUUCUGGUGGCUUAAUCCUUCACUGACGAUCUAUAAGAAAGUCACGAUAAUCAGAUAAAAAAUAUAAGUUUUGGCUUUGGGAAGAUUCGAACCCACGCCGGUUGCCUCACUGUUUUUGGGAAGGUGACGCGGGUUUAGUCCCACAUUGGUUGUGCGCCGAAUUUUUGAGCAAAUAUAUAGUAAUGUUAGAUUUCUAAGCAAGUUCUUUUCUCGCGCGUGCACAACCACUCCUUGCCCCACAGCCAGCUGGCCACCGGUGAUGUGGAAGGGGAGUGGCGCACAUGUGCCCCUUUCACUCCUAGCCACUCGAGCCCCUAUUUGCGGCUCCUCCCCAACUGCACUUCUGACCUGCUUGCAGGCCCGGCUGGCUGAUGGGUCCCUCCCAUUUUGCUAUAUUUUUAUUUUUAUUUCUUUUUCUUUAUUUAUCUUAAAAGUAAGACUGUAAAAAUCAUAGAAAUUUGUAUAAAAUCACAUAAUUACCCAAAAAUUCACGUUAAUCAACUGAAAACAAUUUUUCACACAUUAACACAAAUAUAAGUCUAUUUAUCAUGAGCUAAAGCUAAAACUAUAUUAUUUAUUAAUUAUUAACUCAUGAUAAUGAAGACUUAUCACACCCCCCAAUUUAAAUCAUUGCUAGUCUCUUAGUAAUGGAAUCACGAAAAUAAAAAAUUACAAAUCUCAAACAUCAUAUUUCAAUACAUAAAAUAAAAUACAAUUAGAAAUGAUGCACCUUUAGACACUUUGGAUUCUUAUGUCAAGUAUUUAAGAAUGAUGUCAAGCACUUAAAUGUUUAAGCACUCCUUGGAAUAACAGUUUAGAAUUCACUUCUUCUAUUCACAUCUUUAUCACUUCUUCACUCAUAGAUAUAUUUACAAGAUGUUUCAAUUAUCAAUACUCAUCCAAGAAUAAUAUUGAUCUUACAUUUCCCUUUUUCCAUGACUUGAUUUUUGAAAUUUGCAUUAUAUUUUGUCCUUUAUUUUUAUUUUUAUAUAUAGUGGAUAAGUAGCUUUUCCUGUAGACAAAUUUUGAUAAUAAGAAUGAUGUCUCACACCCUCUAUGUGUACUCUUCAUUUUCAGGGCUUUCACUUUAUCCAUUUAUUUUAUAGUAAGUGUUUUUCUAUGCAUGAUUUUUGACAACGAGAAUGAUGUCUCACACCUUCCAUAUGUACUCUUCGUUUUUAGAUUUUUACAUUGCUCUCUCUCUUUUUUUUUCCAAAAUAAGUGAUUUCUUCUUACAAGUCCUAUAGAUCAUGGUGCAAAAAUCUUCAUUAAACUCAAAUGAUCAAUCAAAUUUUCAAAUCAAAGAAAUAUUAUUCAUCAAGAUAAUAAAGUGAAAAUCUGUAAAAUCAAAUUCAUGUUAUCUAUCAUGUAUACAAGGAGUAUUCCAAUAUUUCAUGCUACUAGAUCAUUCUUUUGACUCAAUAAUAAUCUUCCUAGUAUCUUUUGGUAUCAACCAAUCUAAUUGAUUUAAUUUUGCAUGCAUACAAUAUGAUAUAAGAAAUUUGUAAAUUAGAUAGUUCUGACAAUUCUGUUUUCUGUUUUCAGUUCUAUUUUUAGCAACAAUAAAUUUUUCAAAAAUAAAACAAAACUAUCCUCUUUAUAGUUGUAAUUUUGAAUUUCAGUAAUAUAUGUCUAGGGGAUUGAAAUGUGAGAAAAGGAUCUCUAGAAUUUCAAAUUUCAGGUUGUUUUUUUGUCUGCUGUUUUUGACAGUUUGUCGUUCCUGAUAGAAAACCAGAAAAUAGAUGUUAUAGUUUUUCUGAAUUUUAUUUUAUUUUUAUUUUUUUAGUUGCUGUUCUAAGUGAGUAUGAAAAAAUAAAAAUAAAAUACAAACACAUGUUCUUAAUCAUCCUACAGCAUAAAUUAAUAAUUAAUACUUCACACCCCAACUUAAAAAUGACAUUGUCCUCAAUGACACAGAAAAAUCGAAAUAGAAUAUGUAGAAAAUAUAAUUUUCAAGUGAAGCAUGCAUAUAUGCAAAGUUAAGCAUUAAAAAUAUUAUCAUAAAUGAUAAAGCUCCGAAAGACAUCACCUCAACCUCGUUUUUAAUUUUUCACUUCAUCUUACACUCUUCCUCUUGCACUUUUUCGAAAAAAUAAAUAUAGAAACAAGUACUGCGAAGUUGUAAGAAAAAUAGAGCUUAAAAAAAUCAAACAGAAUGAAAUAAAAACCAUGGGAUGCCUCCCAUGCAGCACUGAAUUUAAUGUCUUCAGCUGGACAGCUCUUAGAUCAUAUAAGAUGAUCUAUGGCCAUCAAAAUAUAUUUGUAUCUCAAGGUAAGUUUCAUGAUAUUAUUUUUCAGAUUUAGCAUAAAUUCAUAUACUUCAUAUAUAUACCUUGACAUACUUUCAGCCAAAACAAAAUGGAAAUUAACAAAAUCUUCGCAAAAAUAAUAUUUUUAUUUUGAAAAGAAUCUUUCCUCAUUUCUAUCUUGUUUUGUAAGGCUCUCAUUCAUUAAUAAAUACUUUCUAUUAAUAGACCAUAAAAUGUGAUCAGGCCAUAUAAUUUUCAAAUUAGAUCUUACCUAAUCUAGAAUUUUUUCAUCUAAAUUAAUAUCUCUAAUUCUUCCACUCACCCAUUUCUUAAUGUGUUCUUUUAUCUUCAUAAUCUUCUCCUGCUCCGUUUUAUCUUCCAUACAUAUUUGUUCAAUUUGCGAGGAGUGAAAUAUUUCAAGCUUAAAAAUAAUUCUAAUGGGCUGUGGGUUUUGAAGGAUGGAAGGAUUGUCUUCUUUAAUCUUAGAUCUAAUGAAUUCAAUAAAAUUCAAAUUUUCUCCUCCAAAAUUAUCUCUAUAUUCAUAUUCAUUAUUUUCAUUUCUCCCCAUUAGUUGAAUCAACUCUUUUUCUAGCUUUUCGUUUCUCAACUCAUCAAAUUCUUUAUCUUCCCAAGAGCUAUCUUUUAAUUUCGGUAUAUGAUAUACAUCAUCAUCCUCACUAUCAAUAUCCAUGGCUGCAAAAUUAUGAUUAGAUUUAUUAAUUUCAUCUCCUACAUCUCCCAAAUUAAUUGAUUUUUCCUCACCUGAAAUAUGUUUUUCUUCAUUUGUGUCCUUACUCCCUUCUACUAAAAUUUGGAUGAUUUUUCCAUGAUCAGCUAUUGUUUCUUCAUCUAAGGGCUCUUUCCUCCUCAUCAUCCUCACUAUAUUCAUUCAUCAAUUGUGAGCAAUAAAUGAUUUUAUUUAAAUUUUCUGUUACUAUAUUUUCAGCCUUAAUAUUCUCAUUUACUUCUAAUGGCUGAUCAAUUUCUUCUAAUAAUUAGAAAUAAGGAUGAGGUAAAAUAUUCUCAAUCAAUGUAUUCACUAUCCUAACAUUUUCAUUUCGUGGGUUUUUUUCUAAAUUUAUCCAACUAGACUCUCUUUGCUGAAAUCCUAUUGUUGGAUAGUUUUCUGAAUUUUCUAUGGGUUGACUAAGUGGUUGUCCCUCUUCUCUCUUAUUCCCAAGAGCCUCUAUAAUUUAUUUCUGGUGCAGCAUCAUUUGAUUCAUAGUUUGUUGCAUCAUUUGGCUGAUUUGCUGCAUCAUUUCCAUAGCAUCAGGUUGGAUUUGAGAGAACUAAUUUUUUUGAAAUGUAUGUUCUUGUUUUGGACGAAAUUCAAAAUGAGAAUUGGAUCUAAGUACUUCUGGAUUUUGAAUAUCAUUUGGGUUUCUCCAUGAAAAAUUAUUCCCCCAAUUAGGAUUAUAAGAAUUAGAAAAAUAUUCUCUAUUUUUACUAAAAUCGUGAGGUACCUGCACUUGUUCUUGCCUAUGAUGAUAUGAAAUUCGAAAUGAUCAUUUUCACCAUACAUAAGACUUGUACUAUUUGAAUUAAAUUGAGGAUUAAGAGGUUUUCUAAUAUUGUCAAUAAGCAAAUCAAGUUUUUCUAAUCUUUGAUUAAUCUAAUUAACCUCAUUUCUAAAUUUAGAUUCAUUAUCAUGAUGCAAUUCAUAAAUUCCUCUCUUCUUAUCCCUAUCAUAUAAUUCAAAAGAGGCUUGAUCUCUAGAAUUUUCACUUAAAUUCUCAUAAAGACUAUAAAUCUCAUCAGGGGUUUUCUCCAUAAAAGCUCCUCCACAUAUAAAAUCAACUAUAUUUCUAUGUUGUUCUAAUAAUCCAUCAUAAAAAAUUCUAUUGAGCUGCCACUUGGAUAUAGCAUGAUGAGGACACUUUCUAAGUAAAUCUUUGAAUAUUUCCCAUGUCUCAUGUAAAGUUUCUCCUGGUCUUUGAGAAAAACUCCAUAUAUGUUUUCUCAUAUUUUGAGUUUUUCCUAAGGGAUAAAAUUUUCGAAGAAAAGCCUAUUCUAUGUCUUUCCAGCUAGUUAAUUCUCUAUCUAAUGUGGAUAGCCAAUGGCUAACUUUGUCCCUAAGUGUCUGAGGAAAUAAUUUCAUCUUAAUAAUUUCUGGUGUAACUUGAGGGAGAUUAACUAAAUCACAGACCAUAUGAAAUUAUUCUAAGUGCUGAUGAGGUUCUUCUAAAGGUAAUCCAUGAAAAUUAGGGAGCAUUUGAAAAAUUCCUAGAUUUAUUUCGAAUUUAACAUUGGGUGCUAAUGGGACUCUAAUAUUGGAUGCUCUUUGAAAUGAAUCAGGGAUAUAAUAAUUUUUCAUGGCCAUAGGAUUGUUCUCAGUUUGACCUGUACUUUCUUCAGGAUCUCUCAAAAUUAAUUUUUCUUUCGGAUUUUUAGUUUUGAAUGAAAUAAUGAAAUGAUUUUCUAGCCUUGGAUGCAAGGAUCUUCUACCAUGCAUAAAAAAAUAAUAAAUUCGAGUGAAAAGUUUAUUAAUUGUUACCCUCCUUCAGUAUGCUCCAGUCCUUGCCUUGUUUCUUUUCGUUCCCUUUUUCUAAAAAAAAAUUCGGUAAGAAGAAAAUAAAAUAAGAGUUAAUUUUUUUUUGUGUACUCUAAGAGAAAAAUAGAAAAAUAUUAAAUAUUAUGCAAUAUAUCCCUGGCAACGGCACCAAAAUUUGACGUGACUCAAUCAUUGUAUAUUAAAUCACGUAAAUCUAAAAUUAAUAAAACUAGAAAAUAUGAUUUUUUAGAUAUUUAGAAGUAUUUCUGAAUAAAUAUAUCAAUUAUAAUUCAAUAAAACUUCCAAAAAUAGCGGUAAUUUUCCAAGUUGAUCACAGGGAUGUAAUAUAAUAUUUGGUAAUUAUUCAGAUUUUUUCUCAAUGAAUACGAUUUUCUAUGAAUUUUAUACUAGGAAAUGAAAAGGAAAUAUAUUUAAAAUUCACGAAAAAAGGAAAUAAGGGUGCGGACGUCAGGAUGACGUUAGCGCCCGGCGAAAAAUCGGGCGGAAAUAGAGUUCCACCUAGUGAUUCUUACGUAAGUGAUUACAGACGAUUUAAUUAAUCAAAUUAAGAUCUGUAAAAGCCGAAAGAAUCGUAAUUGAAUGAAGUAUAUUUUGGUAAAUUAAAAUCACACAAAGUAUCACUAAAUGAAACGUAAAUUAAGUUGAAAGUAAGAAAAUAGAGUUCUGACGUCGCGACGGUGAUGCGUCGGCGAUGCACCGGAAUCCUAAGCGUUUGGGAGGAUCGUCGUGUAGUGUCCAUAGCCUCAAAGACUCUCCUUGGACAAAGACGAUGUGGGCAAUCUCUAGAUCUCCUUUCGAAGUCUAGAGAUCAAUGAAAUGGGUCGUCGACUUGUCUCCGGCGGCUGUCACCCAGUGGAGCGGAAAAACGGUGACUUUGCGGCUCUCCGACGGCUCUCACCCGACGGAGAGGAGCUGGAUGGAGGUGGGGCGCAUGUUAGGGAGCUUCAUCCUUAGGUCCGCGCAGCAAGAGGAGGCUCUUCAUCGCAUCUGGUAUGCUCUCAAGAGGUAGCGACUCGUCUCCCGGUGGAUCGUCCUCUUCCCGACGACGGCUUGUUCGUCGAUCAAUCGGUGAUGAUUUACUCGAUGGAUUCGCGAUCCUUUUAUCACGAAUCGUUCAACAAUUUUAGUAGCAAUGCUCCGCGAAUCGCGUUAACAAGAUUUUCGCCGAUGAUCCAGCGAUUCUCGUUGCUUAAUCCUUCACUGAUGAUCUGUAGGAAAGUCGCGAUAAUCAGAUAAAAAUAUAUGAAUUUUGACUCUGGAAGGAUUCGAACCCGCGCCGGUUGUCCGUCCCUUCUGAGGAAGGUGUGACGUCCGUUUAGUCCCACAUCGGUUGUGCGCCGAUUUUUCGAGCGAAUAUAUAGUAAUGUUACAUUUCUAAGCAAAGUUCCUUCUCUCGCGUGUACGACCACUCCUUGUUCCACAGCCGGCUGGCCACCGGUGACAUGGAAGGGGAGUAGCACACAUGUGCCCCUAUCUGUCCAAGCCGCUCAAGCCCCUACUCGUGGCUACUCCCCGACUGA